AUGGGGCAGGAUCUGACCAAGCUCACACCAGAUGAGCUCAAGGCUCGCCAAAUCAAGGAGAUGGAUGCUGAAAUGAAGCAGAAGCUCCAGCGCGUGAAAGUUGUGAUCAAGGGAGACAAGAACACGGGCAAAACGUGCCUCUGGCGUCGGCUGCAGCGAAUGUCGUUUCUAGAGGACUACCGCAGCACCGAGCAAAUACAAAUAGCCACCAUCGCCUGGGACUACAAAGCUACGAGCGAUAAGAUUAAGGUGGAGGUCUGGGACGUCGUAGACAAAGCGUCGAAGCGGAAGGAGAGCGGCAACCUGAAGAUCGGGAUUCAGGGCGAGGACGGCCUCGACGUCGACCUCUCCGACGACGAUGACGAAGAGCGCAAGACCCCGAAUCUGCCGGCGACGACGCCCGGCGUCAACCCGCAGGGCAGCUUUGCCGUGGACAAGCUCGACGCUGAAACGGUGAAUGUGUACAAGAACUGUCAUGCCGUCUUGUUCCUGAUGGACCCGCGCAAGAAGUGGACCUUCGAUUACAUCGAACGCGAGCUGCCCAAUGUGCCCAAGAGCACCUUCGUCCUCAUCCUGGUGAACUACAAGGACGUACCACAGAACCAGAGAGUGAUCAGCGAGUACGAAAUGCAAGAGUUUGCCAGAAAUGCCGGCAAGUUCGUGCGGUGCUUGGAGUGUUCGAUGCGAAACUGCUACGGCAUGAAGGGAAUUCGCUGCUUCUUCAACCUGCCCUUCCUCAAACUCAAGCGGCAAUACAUCAUUCAACAGCUCAAGGAGAACGAAGCCGAUCUCGACGCUGCCGAUCAAGAGCUCGAUUUAGUCAACUCCGAACAGAACUACGAUUUCUAUCUCAAGUGGCUGGAGGAGAACCGCAAGAACGUGAAGGCCACCGCACAGAUGACGUCGGUGCUUCCCGACGGACCUCCCCCGCGAGCCGCCAUCGGAUCCUCCAAGGGCACCGAGGUGACGGCGGCCUCGCUCACGGACGAUCCGAAGAUGAAUCGCAGCCGGAGCGCGAGCGUGCCCCAGAACCCCGCGGCGGGUGGACCCGCGCGUCAGCCCACACCUGCCAAGCAGCUGCCCGCUCCGGUGGCCAACACCGCCGCCCCGGCCGCCAGUGCUCGCCCGACCCAGCCGCCUCAGCCGACCACUCCCCAACGUGCCCCGGCCGCCGCCGUGCCACCAGCUCAGGCCGAGGCUGCCAAGACCGCGCCGGCAGAGGGCGGCGGCCUCAUGUCGUGGACCUCGAAGCUCUUCUCCUCCUCCGCCGCCUCGCCCGCCAAGCCCGCCGCCACCGCCCCCAAGCGCGAAGUCCGCGACGUGGUGGCGGACUUGCAGAAGCUGGCCAAGGACCCGGCGGCUCGGAGUGCCCAGACCCCGUCCUCGGUCGAGGACUUUGUGCCGCCGACCGAGGGUGGCGGCGACGACUUCUGGGGCGGCGACGACGACGACGAUGACGACGACGAGCAGAAGGCCAACGCCAACGGCGACUCAGACGACGACGACGGCCGCUCGCUCAUCGCCAAGGACGAGGAUUUGGACGACGACGACGACGAAGAAGAAGAAGAAGAGGUGUCGCCGGCGGCGGCUAAGGCCAAGGCGAAGAGGGAGCGCGAGGAGCGGGAGAAGAGGGAGCGCGAGCGCGAGCAGAAGGAGCGGGAGCUGAAGGAGAAGGAGCGGCAGCGGAAGGAGCGCGAGGCGGAGCGCGAGCGCGCGCAGGCAGAGGCCCUCCGCCGCCAGUUCGAGCAGCAGGAGGCCGCCGCCGCUGCGGCUGCUGCGGCCGCCAAGCCCGGCGGCGACUACAAGCAGGUCAGCGAUGACGACGACGACGAUGAUGACGUCACCGCCGACGUUGACUCGACGCCGUCGGCAGCGCCUAACGGCCACAAGCCCGCGGAGAAGCCCAAGAAGAAGGAGAAGUCGAUCUGGGGCACGAAGGAGGAGGACAGCGAUGACGACGACGAUGACGACGAUGACAACGAGGCGUGGGGCCUGCCCCCGAAGAACAAGAAGGACGGCGCCGCCGCGAAGAAGAAGACGAAGAGCAAUCCCUUCAUCGUGACCAACGACGAGGACCUGCCCUCGGAUGACGAUGACGACGAGAAGCCCGCCAAGCCGAGCAUCACCUCCGCCUCCAUGGGCGUUCUCCCCAGUGCGACGACGAGCGUGAGCGAGAAGGAAAGACGAAGGGAGGAGAAGGAGCGGGAGAGGGAGUCACGCCGGAAGCGCCGCGGCGUCAACGGCAGCUACGGCGAUCUGGCCGACGCGUCGAAGGGCGAGAGCUCGUCCACGCCGGAGGGCGAGCGCAAGGAGCGCAAGUCGCGGCACCGCCACCGCGGCGAGCGCGGCGACGAGGCCACGCCGGAGGGCGAGCGCCGGGAGCGCAAGUCGCGGCAUCGGCACCGGGGCGAGGGCGGCGAGACGACCAGCGGCAGCGGCGAGCGGGAGUCGCGGCGAAGCAGCCGUAGCAGCAAGCGGUCGCACCACCGCUCGCGUUCGGCAUCGCCCACCCCACCAUCGUGA